AAAAAAAGCUACUUUUGGUGUCGACCGUGACAGGACUCGAACCUGCAAUCUUCGGAUCCGAAGUCCGACGCCUUAUCCAUUAGGCCACACGGUCGCUUGAUUCAUGCUCGCUUAAACUGGAAAACAUUUGAUACGUGCGCACGCAACCCAACUGCACAGGGGUGGAUUCAUAAAAUAAAGCAAUCAAACCCCUUGAAAAAGUUAUCGGGGGGUGAGAAUAGAAACGAACGAAUAAUAAACUGAAACUAUGAAGACCAGCACUCGACGUCGCAGUUUCAAGACGAAACCCCCCAAAGCUAAUGUGUAUAACCCGCUGGUUCGCUAUCGCCCCGCGGCCUAUGUGCGAAAUGGCAUUAUUGGGGGCGGUGAGGGUCCGGGCUCGAGUGGCUUGUACCAGAUCAACGAUAGGGUUUAUACCACUAGCAAGAUGUUUUUGCGCGAUGGCUAUAUGUAUCCGCGACAACCCGGCCAGCCCAUGGACCCCCGCUAUCCCCUCGAAUUGCACGAGUUCCCCCAGCAAUUUGGAGCUACGGGUCUGCAGUUGGUUAGUACUCCCAAAGUUCAUAUAGCCGGAGAAUAUCUGGCCAAUGAACAGCAGCAGCAGCAACAACAACACCACCAGCAGCAUCAGCAGGUGCAGGAGCAACAACAAUUCGGCCGAAGAAAGGCCGCUGCAGCAGCUGAAAUAAAUUUGGCAAAUCAGGUUUAUUGGCUGGGCAAGCAAAAGUCGAGAUCCAGAUCACGGAGCAAUAGUCUGGGCAACCGGAGCAUUACCAGCUGCAUGGGUGGCGGUGGAGGAGGGGCUGGCGAAAGGGAAAGGAAUCGGGAGCGGGAUCGUCCUUACAUACGCAACGUUGAUGAUCUUCUUCAGGCGCUGGGCAAAAGGGAUGGGGAUAACAAUGGCAAUCUUCUCGAUACUGCAUCCACACAUUCUUCAACACAGCGGCGACGCUUCAAGAAGGGUGAUCGUACCACUUGGGAGUACCACACGGUGGCGGUGACUCGAGUUCCGGGUUAUGGAUUUGGGAUAGCCGUUUCCGGUGGACGUGAUAAUCCGCACUUCGCCAACGGCGAUCCCUCGAUAGCAGUUAGCGAUGUGCUGAAAGGUGGCCCCGCCGAGGAUCGAUUGCAAGUCAACGAUCGGAUCAUAUCGGUGAACGGGGUCUCCCUCGAGAACGUGGAGUAUGCAACGGCGGUGCAAGUGCUGCGGGAUAGUGGCAACACGGUCCAAUUGGUGGUCAAGCGUCGCGUGCCCCUGAAUCCCAUUAUCCCGGGUGGUGCAGUGCAGCACCAGCACUCGCACAGCCUCAGUUCGGUGGGUUUGGUGGCGAAUGGCAGUGGAGGAGUGGCUCCGACUCCCAUGACGAGCCUGAGUCAGCCCAACUCGCUGAACUCAUCCCUGGUCCAGAAUGCCAGCGGUGGCCAGCCCAUCAAGGUCACCCUAACGAAGGGCGGAAAGAAGGACGACUAUGGAGUGGUGCUCGGCUGUCGACUGUUCGUCAAGGAGAUCUCCUCCAAGGCACGCGAGCAACUAAACGCCAAUGGUUACAGUUUACAAGAGGGUGACAUCAUCACUCGCAUCCACAACACCAACUGCGGGGAUACGAUGAGCCUGAAGGAGGCGAAAAAGAUCAUCGAUGGCUGCAAGGAGCGACUGAAUCUAGUGGUUCUUCGUGACAUUACCAACCAGGCGGCUGUUAGCCAACUGAAUCUGAACAACUCAGCCAGCCAUCAGGCAGCGGGAAAUAUAUACGGCACUCAUCAGCCUCAGGUAUCCGGAUGCAGUGGCAGUAACAACAAUCUCGAGGAUCCCUAUUUGCCGGGUGGAGCCAGUUACUCCUCGCAGAAUCUGUAUGUCCAGCCCCCCACUCGCACCUCCAAUGGUCCGAAUAUGAAUGGCAAUGGGUUGAGCGAGGAGAAGAGCAAUCUCACACCGAGGGGUCGCUCCCGGGGACCCAUAAUGGAUGGGGUAUCGCUGCAGCAACUGGACAGACCCGUAACUCCAACUCGGGGAAGGGGAGGAGCUGCCGAUGAGCCACCACGUCCGCCACCGCCACGAGGAUCGAGCGGUGGAGCUGCCCAAGAGGAUUUCUACAGCUCGCGAAGACAACUGUACGAGGAGCGUCAGAGUGCCGAGCCGAGAUUCAUUUCCUUCCAGAAAGAAGGAAGCGUGGGCAUCCGCUUGACCGGCGGCAAUGAAGCCGGUAUCUUUGUGACUGCCGUGCAACCAGGAUCUCCGGCCUCACUGCAGGGUCUAAUGCCAGGCGAUAAGAUCCUUAAGGUCAACGACAUGGACAUGAACGGCGUGACUCGGGAGGAGGCUGUGCUCUUCCUGCUGAGCCUGCAGGAUCGCAUCGAUCUGAUUGUGCAGUACUGCAAGGAGGAGUACGACGAGGUGGUGACCAACCAGCGCGGCGACUCCUUUCACAUCAAGACCCACUUCCACUGCGAUAAUCCUUCCAAGGGCGAGAUGGCCUUCAAGGCGGGCGAUGUCUUCCGAGUGAUCGAUACCCUGCACAAUGGUGUGGUCGGUUCCUGGCAGGUCCUCAAGAUCGGUCGGGGUCACCAGGAGAUGCAACGUGGCGUGAUACCGAACAAGUCGAGGGCCGAGGAACUGGCCACUGCUCAAUUUAAUGCCACCAAGAAGGAGAUGAACGCCAACGAAUCGAGGGGUAACUUCUUCCGGCGACGACGUUCCACACACCGUCGCUCGAAGAGUCUUUCGCGUGAAAACUGGGACGAUGUGGUCUUCUCCGACAGCAUUUCCAAAUUCCCCGCCUACGAGCGGGUUGUACUCCGUCAUCCUGGCUUUGUGCGACCCGUGGUGCUCUUCGGCCCCGUUUCCGAUCUGGCCCGCGAACGAUUGGCCAAGGAUUUCCCCGACAAGUUCUCCACUCCACUGCAGGAUGAUGACAAGUCGGGUGCGGCCAUUGGAAAGUGUCGAAUCGUAAGGCUCUCGAACAUACGCGAUGUGAUGGAUCGUGGAAAGCAUGCCCUGCUGGAUAUCACACCGAAUGCGGUGGAUCGCUUAAACUACGCCCAGUUUUAUCCGGUGGUGAUCUUCCUGAAGACGGACAGCAAGCACGUGAUCAAGCAGCUGCGCCACGGACUUCCCAAGGCGGCCCACAAGAGCUCCAAGAAGCUGCUGGAGCAGUGCCAGAAACUGGAGCGCGUCUGGUCGCACAUCUUCAGCACCCAGAUCGCAUUGAGCGACGAGGAGUCCUGGUACCGAAAGCUGCGCGACUCGAUCGAUCUGCAGCAGAGCGGCGCCGUCUGGAUGUCCGAGUCCAAGCCAGUAGAAUCCCUCUCCGACGAUUUCCUAUUCCCCAUGACCACAUCCCGACUCUCGUAUGCAUCAAGUCCCGAAUCCGAUUUGGAACUGAGUCCCGGCCCAUCCGCAUCAUUGUCGCUUGGCAAUUUGCCGCAGUUGGUUAAAGCGAGCUCAGAUCCAUCGAUCGCCACUAAUCAGGAUAACUUGGAUAGGGAUAGAGACAUAAUUGGUGAAGGACUACCACCUCCAUAUACGGUACCCUACGACCAUGGUGUCCCCGCGAAUCCCAAUCGCCGCCAGACCAUGGACUCCAGCAAGUACAGCAUCUACGGCACCAGUGUGCCACCGCAGGCACAGCAGCCCGGCGGAGGAGAUCCGGCUGCAGUGAGGCCGCAAUCCCUGUACGGGAUUAAUGCCCCAGAUCUGCCGCCUCGCAUCGAUCGGCAGUCCAAGCCGGGGGACAUCCCCCUGAACACCUCGGGCUCGUCAUCGCGGAAUGGCACCCUGGGACGCAGUGCCCAGGAGCGUCUAUUCGGCAAGGCCGUGGUGCAGGAUGAUGUCCAGGCGGAGUAUAUCACCCGGAAUGCUCUGGUCGGUUCUGGAGCAGCUGAAACCAUGGAUCGCCAGCAGCAGCAGCAGCAACAGCAGCAGCAGCUCACUCAGGCAUCCUUGGAGCGUCAGGCUCGCUUGAAUGCCCAGCUGAAGGCCAAUGGAGCUGGAGGCGGAGGAGGAGGAGGAGGCGGCGGAGGAGGUGCAUCCACCUACGACAGUGUAUCCAGCUACGAUUCGUAUAACAACACACAGAUGGCCAUGCAGAACCUGGGCCGACUGGGUCCCAAUGCGCCCGACGAUCUCAAAUCAGUGCCAAAUGCAAGUGGUCGCCCCUUGCCGCCCGUGGGUCAAUCACAUGACUACGGCCGUACACCACACGAUCAUCGCAGUUUCGGCGGACCCAAUGAUCUGAAUCGCCAGAGCAGUCCAGGCAGGCCGCACUAUCAUGAAAUGAAUGCGUCCCGUAAUAUAGAUCCACGCAAUGGCACACCACAGCGUCCUUCGAAUCUAGGUCUGGAAAACAGCCCACGUAAGCCUUUGGUGGAGACCAAAACGGAUUACGGAAAAUACAGUCGCAACAAUUCCGUGACACAAGCGGAUUACACUAAGCUGCCGAAGACGGCGCCACAUGGAGUGGUGCCUCCUCCGAAUGUGGGCAAUGGCCAAAACCAGAUGAACGGCAGCGGAACGCCCAGCAGCAAUGGCAGUGGACCGUUUAAGCCGGUUCCGCCGCCCAAGCCCAAAAACUACAGGCCACCGGUGCAAAGUGGUGGCAGCAGUGGUAGUGGUGGCACCACUCCCUGGGAGAAUGGGGACUCUGGUUCGCCUCGUUCCCCCAACGGCUUCUACUAUCCGCCAACGCCUUCGCAUCAUCAUUAUGGCCAGCAGGCGACUCCUGGUUCGCCCAGCAAUGGACACAUGCAACCACCGCCGCCGCAGCAGCAGCAACCCACCUACGGAGGAAGUAAUGGCAACUAUGGACAGGCCCCGCCUCCGCAACCUUAUCCACAGGCCAAUGGCUACAAUGGCAACAGUCACCAUUACAACGGAGGCAGCGGCACUGGACCCUAUAUUGCACCACAUCGCGGCAUGCCACCGCCAAUAGCAAACCUACCGCCCCACACGCCCGAACGUCAUGCUUUGGAUUUGGCUGGGAGUCGGGAGCAGCGUGGUUCGGCCUUCGAGCUUUAUCGUAAACCGCAAAUCGGCGCCGCAGCUGGGCACCAUCACAACAUGAGCGAGAUGGAGCCGUACGAUGAGCGAUACGAUGAUUACUACGCCAUGCCGCCGCCUGGCGUCCAUCCUGUCCAAGGACAUCAUAUGCAGCGAUCCCGCUCAGCUCCUCGUUAUCCCCACGAGCGACCUCCCCCCGCCCAAGAUCCCAACUACUAUGGCCACUAUGGAACUUCGAGGGGACAUAGUCAGCCACGUCAGCAAUAUCCCCAACAUCCCCAGCAGCAACAGCAGUACUACGAUGAUCAUGGCAUGGAGAUGGCUCCACCGCCACUGCCUCCACACAAAAAGAAGAAGUCGGUGCUAAAGAGCCCGCUGGUGGCCCUCAAGAAUGCCCUGCUCAAGAGUACGAGGCCGCUGAGGAGGAUGAACAGCAUGGUGGAGCCGGAGAGGAAGCCCAAGGGCCUGCGACGACAGCAGUCGAUGCUGGAGAGGGGUGUGCAGAGACCCUACUAUCCCGAUGAGUAUCCCACCUAUCCCGCUGGCUUUGAAGAGCGCUCCCAUGGCGGACAGGGCAUGAUGCAGUCCCAUCCGCAGGAUGUGUACUAUCAAAGAGGUGGUCACUAUCCGCCGCAGCAGCAGGAGAUGAUGAACAGUACCUACCAGAAUCUGGAGAGUGAGGAUAUCUAUGGGAACAUAGGCAACACAGUGCCCCGAAUGCAGCAUCCCCAGGACAAUGGUUAUGGAUACGACCAAUAUGAUCUCUAUGCGAAUCGGGCCUGCAUCGAUCUCGAAAGGAGGCAGGCAGAAGCAGCUGCAGCUUCUGGUGGCAGGAAUGGAAGGAGGAUAGUGCGACGUCACAGCACCACCACUGCGGAUCGUGGAGGAAAUCCAGGAGCAGCCAGAAGACCCAUGAUCAGUCCAGGCUACGAGCAGGAUCCCCAGGAGAUCUAUCAGACCCGGAACGGAGCCUACAUGCUGCCCGAUCAGCGAAGGGCGCCCAAUUCCGAGGUCAUGACCCGCAGGAGAUUCUAUCCGGGAGCGGCCAAUGAGCAAAACGAAGAGGAACCCCUCUACCAAUCCCGUCGUGAAAUGCAGCGAGAAAUGCAGCGGAAUCAUCUGUACCAAUCGAAACGCGAAAUGCAGGAGAGGAUCAGCCAGGGCAAGAGGGACAUGGAGCGGGAGUUCAGUCCCCAGAGCAGCAGCAGCCAGUCGGAGGCCUCGAAUCCGGAGGCCAUAUACCAGAGUCGCCGUGAGGCCAAGGAAAGUGCUCUGAAAACGAGGGCCCAGCUCCGGGAUCAGAUCUAUCAGACAAGGCGGGAAGCAUUGGACAGCAUGGCAGAACCGAUUUAUGUGUCCAAAAGGGACAUGGGCAGGCCGGCACCCAUCUACGAGACCCGAGAGGAGAGCAUCCUUCAGUCCCGGGAGAACGAAACGGAUGAGAAGAAGGAGAAGGAGGGCAAGUCGGAGCAGAUCCAAGUGGAGAUCAAUGCGCAACCGGAGGAGCCGGUGGAAGACUCGACCCUAAGUCGUUCGGAUCUGCAGAAAUCCUCGGAUACGGUGAUAGAAAAUCCCGCCAGGGCACCUCUUGUUCAGGAUGAGGUGGAUGACGACGAGGAGGAGGUGGUUCAGGAGCAGGAUGAAGCGGCUGAGGCUGAGGCUGAAAGCUCUGCGGAACAGACGGAGCAACCCACUGCCAUUGAAAAUAAUCUGCAUAAUGAGGGAAUGCUGGCCAGUGAAAAGCAAAAUGUGUCGGAUGAUGUAUUUGAGGCAGAAGAUAUGGUCUCUCUGGCACCUCCACCAGCCCUUGUCCUAACCCCGCGAUCCGGCAGGGUGCCCUUCCACAUCUCGAACAUACUAAAGCGGACAGCUCCUCCGCCGAGUUCCCCAAUCGGCGACAGCUGCACCUCCAUCGAAACCCAGUACACAUCCCAGACCAGCUUGCCAGUGGGUCCGCCGAAUGCCACCAGUACUCCGUUCAGCAGCAGCAUGUCCCUGCCCAUCGCCGGACCCGUGAAUAAUGCCCCUCCUGCUGGUGGAUCCUUCCCCGCACUGCCCCGUGAACCCAGCACGUCGCGAGGAUGCUUCGACUCCAACGGUGGAACUCUGGCCGAUAAACUGUGGCACGUCUCCCUGCAAAUCCCACCCGGAGCCAUUCCGCCGGGAGUGCGGCAGGAGAUCUACUUCACCGUGAGCGAUCCGCGAAUGGGACAAGCCGUCGGCGGUCCUCCGCUGGACAUGGAAAAUGGUGAGACAAUGCUGUCACCGCUGGUGAUGUGUGGGCCGCAGGGCCUUGAGUUCCUGGUGCCGGUUACACUCAAUAUACCGCACUGUGCCGGACGGACUGCAUCACUGGGAUUGGCCCUGAAGGCGACCGACAGCGAGAAGAACCUGCACACCGAGUGGGACAACAUCGACCUGCCCUGCAAUGCCGCCGCCCACACGGUCUCCGUGAAGGUGGAUCACUUCUAAUCAUUAAGAUUCAUCCGCUAACUCGAACGAUAAACGCACUUGUAAAUAGAUACAUAAAAUCCAUAAAAUAUAUAUUCUUAAGGCCGCAAUUCCAGGGCAAGCGAAAUGAGCUCAGCAAAGAGGUAGACUUAGGCAUUGCUAUAAUAUAAUUAAUUUAACUCAAUAUUGUCUGUUAAUUGUGCCUUUGAGUGAUCGUUUGGCUCUGCCUUUCAACUAUAAUGUCGAGCUAGAAAUUAAUCAAUCGAAUGCAAAGGAUAUUUGUAUAAAGCGACUAGGAUUUAAUUUCAUAACAAUAUUAAUUUGUAUAUUUUAAAGCAACCCAUUACUAUGUAUUUUAUAUAUUUACAUAAUUUUAAUGCAUUUUAAAUGAUAUAUUUGACAUUUUAUUAGAUAUUCGCUUAUUGUUUCGACCCAUGAUCCAUUACAAUUGCAUUCAAAUUGUUAAUUGCGUGCAAAUAUUGCAUGCAGAAGUUAUAUAUAUACCAUAAACAUUUAUAAAUCGUAGCGAUAUAAUUAUAGCCUAUACACGCGCUUGUAUAACCAGAAAGAAAAUCAUAUUAUACAACUAUUUAUACGCAUUUUUGUAUUAAAGAUUAUACACACGUGAAAAGUUUGGGAAUAAAUAAAAGAGCAACAAUAAUA